CAUCUCCCCCUUUGCACGUCCAUGUGGAUGAAAACACCCCUGUCCAUGUCCAUAUUAAAAAGGGUCAGAAAACCACACCUGCAAAAUGCCAGGUAGGAGUGGGUAGCUGGGUGUUUGUAAGGGCUACAGGAGAGGAAGGUGAAUGGUCCUGGAAGCACCACAGGAUCUUCAAGGUCUCUUUUACUGUUGUGUUAGAAUGGUAAGGUUUGAAUUAAUAUUCAGUGGUGAAUUUUCAGUAACACAUUUUCUAUGUUUAAGAUGAUUUAAGUAUGAUAUAGAAAAUAUAUAGAAUAUAAUUACUUUUCCUUUUCAGGUGGGUGAUUCUUAGGAGUGUUGCUUUCUGUGUCAUGUGCUUGGGGAAAUUUUUUUUUCCUUUUAUUUCCUGAAUUUUUGUCCUGUUUUUUCUUUGGCAUCAUCCCUAUUUUUUGUAGGAAAGGUUUGGAGAAAAGUAAUAUCUAGGCAUUUCAAAUGCCAUCUUGAUUGUAUUAAUGUAAAUGUGUUUAGAAAAAAAAAGCCUGGAUUCAAACCAUGUUCUGGCAUUAAAACACCUUCCCAGUCAGGUGAACUGUGCAACAAUGAGGAUCUCUUCCUGGCCUUAUCCACAAGAGGCAGAAGGCAAUACAGAAGCUGAGUUUUUAUUUGUGUCCUCUUUUGUAGUUGGGAUGUCUAUCCAAAGUUGGCCUCAAAAGGUGGAGGAAGUUGCUAGCUCAUUCUUCCUUAUGUGCAGACAUCCUGUUCUAAGUCCUCUGUUAAUUUUGUGUUUGUUGCUAGUGGCAAAUGUCAUAAUGAGGAUAGGGCCUGACAGUGAAAUCACUGACUCCUGUUAAUUAAUUGCUUGUAGGGAUUAUUUAGAAUACCUCAUUUUUCUUUAAGGUUAGAAUUGUGCAAAAGCACUAACUUUCCUUCAGUUAGAGCACUUGGAGCUCAGUACAAAUAAAUGUGGAUCUAUUAGUUGUCUGCGAAGCAGGGAAAACACUUCAGAGGAUUUUCAUAACCAAUCACACUGCUCUGCUCCCUUUUCUCUGAUGGUGCUAUUGUCAAAUGCUCUAGCUGCUCUUCUGGAUCUGGAACAGAGAAGGGGUCUCCCAGGUUGUUCCUUCUUCACAUGAAUGGGUUGUAUUGCUGUGGUUUGGUGGUUUGUUUUUUUUUUGUAUCUCCAUACAGAGGAGACUUCCUUCCCCCCCUGCCUUCAUCUCCCACCCUGGGUAAGGCUCAUCACAGCACAAGAGCAGCUGGUCUGUGGAUCAUGUGAAACGCGACGUGAUAUUUCUCAAAAGCACAAACAGAAGAAUAAAGGGGAUACUAUAAACAUCAGCCGAACUGCUCGAGUGAAAACUAAGGCCCCUUGGAUACCCCCAGGGAAAACAUCUGUCCGGGACUCCCCCUCCAAGUGGGAGGGGCCAACUCACCGCCUGGAAAUCACACCUCCAGACUCAGACAAAAUGCUGCGCCUGAGUGACCUCUCUACAGAUGAGGAAGAUGCUGUGUACAGCAAAAUGAAUGAAUAUGAGAAGAAGAUAGAUACCCUGAUGAACGUGGUGGGAUCGCUGAAGACUGAGGCCAAGCUGCAGAAGAAGGAUGAGCAGCAGCGCAUGGCGAAGCGUCUCCUUGAGGAGCAGAAAGAAGAACUGAAUGAAGUCACACAAGAGCUGGUGGAGACAGAACAUGAGAACACGCUGCUCAGGCGCAACCUGGAGCGCAUAAAGGAGGAAAAAGAUCUGACUAUGCUAGAAAAAAAGUGCUUGCAGCAUGAGAAGGAGUGUUUGAUGUCCAAGCUGAGUGAGGCAGAAAGGGAUGGAGCAGCAGCAGCCAGGCAGAUCUAUGUCCUGAAACAUACAAUAGAGAGACUCAACACGGAGAAGCACAUGAGCAGCUCAGACAUUAGUGCAUUGACAAGACAAAAAGAGCUCCUGCUCCAGAAGUUGAGCACCUUUGAAGAAACCAACCGGACACUACGAGAGCUUCUCAGAGAGCAGCACAACCGGGAGAAGAAUGCUCAGAAGAUACUGGAGCAGCAAGGAGCCCUGCUGAAAAGGCUGGCUGACUCAGAUGCAGAGAAAGUGCAACUUCAGCUGAAACUUCGGUCGAGAGAAGAAGAAGUGGACAGUCUCACCAUUCAGAUAGAGGAAGAAAAGCGCCAGGCAAAGGCAGCGUCUGAACUCUCCAAGUCCAUGGAGGCCGUGAGAGGCCGUUUACAAGCGCAGCUGCGACACAAAGAAGCAGAGAACAACCGUCUGAGUACACAGAUACGGAAUCUGGAGCAGAGCGAAGCUCAGCAUAAGACAGAGAUGGAACAGGCCCUGGAACAACUGAAAGAACUAAAGCAGAAGUCAGACUGGGAUAAAGAUGCUCUGAGGAAAACCAUCCGUGCCCAGAAAGAUCGGGCAGAGCGGAGUGAAGAGUAUGCAGAGGGACUGAAAGUCCAGCUAGCAGAAAAGGACAACUACAUUGCUGAUGCUCUGUCUACUCUGGAGUCCUGGAGGAGCCGCUACAACAAAGUAGUCAAGGACAAGAAUGACCUUGAGCGGGAGAUCGUUACCCUGAACAGCCGUGUUGCAGAGCUGCUGGAACAGCAGACAGCCCUGGAGGCCAAGAUGCGGGAGGACAGAGAGGCUUUGGUGGGUGAAUUGCACCGACACAACGCAGAGGCUGCUGCCUUGAAGAUGGAGAAUGAGAAGCUCAAGGCUGGUGUGGUCUCAAUGGAGGAAAAGCUGAACCAAGCACAGGUGGAAGUGCAGCAGCUCAGGUGCUCUGUCAGGAACUAUGAAGGGUUGAUUGAAAACUACAAGUCCCAGGUGGUGAAGAUCCGAACGGAAGCAGAUGAUAUGGCAGCAAAAUUGGAGAAGUGUGAUAAAGAGAAAAAGAUAUUAAAGGAUGAAAUGGAAAAGGAGAUGGAACUGGCACGUAAGCAGUUCCAGAGCAAGCUUGCUGAGCUGGAAAAGCUUCCUGAGAUUCUAAAGUUCACAGAGACAAGGCUGGCAGAAUGUCAGGACAGGCUUCAGAAUUAUGAGAAGAACAAUGUGGACCUGUCUGUCAUGAUUGGAGAUCUUCGUCAGCGGAUUGAGCUCCAGGGGGACAAAAUGGAGAUGACAAGAGAGAGGUAUCAGUCUGCCCAGGAGGAGAAAAAGCAGCUCACCUUGAAAGUGGAGGAGCUAGAAAGAAAACUAGAGACCACAAGUGCCCAGAACAUAGAAUUCCUGCAGGUGAUAGCAAAACGUGAGGAGUCCAUCCACCAGUGCCAGCUGCGGUUGGAGGAGAAGACCCGUGAAUGCAGCUCCUUGGCAAGGCAGUUGGAGAUGGCCAUUGAGGAUGCCAAAAGACAAGUGGAACAAACUCGAGAACGAGCAACAUCUAGAGAGAGGGCAGCCCAGUCCAAGAUGCUGGAUUUGGAGACCCAGCUGAGCAGGAAUAAAACAGAGCUGAACCAAUUGCGUCGGAGCAAGGACGAUGCAGAGCGCCAGUAUGAAAGUCGCCUUCAGGAUCUGAAGGAUCGGUUGGAGCAGUCGGAGAGCACCAACCGCAGCAUGCAGAACUAUGUCCAGUUCCUCAAGUCUUCCUAUGCCAACGUUUUUGGAGAAAGUGCCUUGCUGGGCUCCCCCAGCCACUCUCGUUCUCCUCCAUGAGGACAAAGCUCUCCCUGCACCUCUAAGCACAAAAGGAGCCCUAUUUCAAAGCCAUACAUUGUGUAGAAAAUAGGUCGGCAUUUCAGGGUCUUUUUUCCUUGCAGCUUGAGACAAUAACAUCCCAAACAUCCCAGCAGAAACAGUUUGGUGCUGGAGGUGGGUGUUACACCAUAAACUGUGCUGCAGAACCAGGUGGUUUUGCAGGUGAUGGAAAAGGUCCUUUUCAUCCUGUACUGUGGAGAUCAUGUGGGGUUUUUUAUCUGUGGUUUUUAAAUAUUAUUUUUUUAAAACUCUUGAAGCCUGUAUUGAUACAUUGAAUGAUAGGAUUGUGGGAGGUCAUUUGGAUAAUAAUUCCAUUAAUUAAGAAGUAACUUAAGUGCCUGGGCUCCACACUUAAAAGACAUUAUGUCCUGAACAACCACAGUGUUUGGAAACAGUUUUAUAUCACAAAUAAUGUUGGGGGUUUUUUACUUGAUUCUUACAUUCUCUGAUCCUCACCUUUUUUUGUCUAAGUGUGAUGCUAAUGUUGCUUUACUCCUCUCACCCUGAUUUCCUGAUCCUGAAUAUCCCCAGGACUGAGCCAAAACCAUGUGAAUUCAAAGGGAAGAUUGCAGUGUAACCUCAGUGGAUUUUCAGGUGGGGUCUUGGUGUCUUGAGCCAAUUAAAGAACAGGUAUGAAUACUUAUUUUCAUCAAACCAGCCAGCACCUUCUGGGAAAUCAGGUCUCCAAUAUGUUGAGUCCCUAAAUCUCAUGCACUCUCCAGUGCCCUCUUCUUUCCAGUAAAUGGUUUUUAUGGGUGCAAAACUAAACAUUGUUUUUAUAUUUCUCUUUAUAUCCAAUUUUUGUGCAGUAUGGUUAUGGGGCAGAAUUUGUCAUAAAGCUUUUCUAAGUUAAUUGUUUUUUAAGAGUUUUGUAAUUGUGUGUGUGUGUGUUUAACACUUUAAAAAUCCUAAAGGUGCUAUGGUAAAACAUCAAUAAAAUACAUUUCAAUUGGU